CCAGAUCAAAUUUUCCAAUAAAAUACACACCAAGAAAAGGAGAGGAAGAAGAAUGUUUGAGCUGUCGUUGUUCUCUUGUCGACGAGGGCUUUAGACAUAACACAAAACCCUUCCUCUCCUUCUCUAAGUCACAUCGUUCCUUUAAAUUUAAUACUUCCUGUCCGAAUCGUACGUCGAUUCUUCCAUCUCUGACCAUCAUUAUCCCUCAGAUCACCUGCGAGCGGAGAGGGUGAGAGAGACGACACAAAUCUGAGCAUUCGCCGGUUCCGUCGACAUGCAGGUUUAGGGAUGACACGUGUAACUGAUUGAGCCCAGGAGAGAGACAGAGAAAGAGAGAAAUGGAGAGUCAGGUGAAGAGGGAGACGAUGAGGGCAUGCCUGAGCUGCCCUCUCUGCGACCGUAUCCUCCGUGACGCCACCACUAUCUCAGAAUGCCUUCACACUUUUUGUAGGAAAUGCAUUUAUGAGAAAAUAACAGAGGAUGAGAUAGAGUGUUGUCCAGUGUGCAAUAUCUCCCUCGGUGGCAACCCGUUGGAGAAGCUGAGGCCUGACCACAAUUUACAAGACUUGAGAGCCAAAUUCUUUCCUCUAAAACGAAGAAAAGUGAAAGGUCCUGAAAUGGUGUCCUUACCGGCAAAGAAGAAGGUGAGAUCUAUAUCGUCUUUGAUUGUAAACACACCUAAGGUGUCAGCACAAAGUGGAACAACAGGAAGAUCUAAAGCGGUCACGAGAAAAGAGUUACGAGGUAAGGGUUCUUUGGCUGAGAGGAUUGUGAAGGAAGAAGAAUCGUCCUUUCAUGAGGAGAUCGUCGAUUUGUUCGAGGAAUUCUCUUUCCGGGAGCUCUUGGUGCCGGGUCACUUGGCUCAGGAGAACAGGGAGCUGAGGCACAGUUUAUCCGCUGUGAUUGAAACCCUGAAAAGCGUGACUGCGGAAAGAAACUCUGCUGAUGUUCUCCUUGGAGAGAUGAAGUCUUUGUUGGCUGCUCGAGAUAGAGAAUUGGAAGCUAAGGAGAAGGAGCUAUAAGUACGGUCAUCGCUCAUUCGUGCUAGGGAGGACGAGAUUCGCGGCCUCCGUGUCAAAACAGAGAGCCUGACGCGGAUGCGAGAUGAGGCAGUGGAGAAGGCUGACCGCCUGGGCAAGGAACUCGAGGAGUGCAAGUCAGUCAAGAAUGUGUCUCGGGCUUCAGAGGAAAUACAACACAUGCGCUUGGAGUUUGCUAAGCUCGAAAAGGAUAUGGAGCUCUCCGUGAUCGCCGCGUGUAUAACGACACGGUACCAAGUGUGUCGCGAGUGGGAGAGGCAAGGUACACUAGGGUGGGAACUGAAGUUCUCGAGGGAAGAUUACCGCAAGUUCCGUGAGUACGUUGACAAGAACGGGACGAGUAACAAAUACCCUCUUGUGGAAGUGUAUGAAGAGAUGUGGAGAAAGGUUGUUGCUCGUCAUCGGCCAUCGGAAUCUCAUACGACGACCCGUGAGGACAUCUCUUCUCCGUCGACGAGUAACCCCAACCUUGUGCCUGGUCCCGUACGUUAGGCUGGACGGGAGUUCUGCGCCGGCUACCUGAUCCUGUAUAAAUAGUUUUUUUUAAAUUCUCUUUAUGGUAAUUGAGAUAUUUAAUGUGUUUAUUAUUCUAUAAUUGUUUUCGGACAUAACAAGUUAAAGAGAAACACAAAACCCUUCUUCUUGCCUAAUACACGGCCUCUUCUUCUUGUCCGAAUCGUACGUCAAUUCUUCCAUCUUUCUCUCACCAUCGUUAUUCCUCGGUCCACCAGCUUCCUUCCUUUUCUCCGUUAAAAGGAGGAUUUGCUUCACUUUCAGGAAAUCUCAUAUCGAGCUUGAUUUGGUAUUCGAAUGUAGCCGAGAGAGGCAUACGACACAAAUCUGAGUGUUCGCUGUUUCUCGUCGACAUGCAGUUUCAGGGACGGCACGUGUGAGUGACUAAUUGAGCACAAGACAUAGAGAGAUAGAGAGGGAGAGAUGGUGAGUCAGGUGAAGAGGGAGACGAUGAGGGCUUGCCUGAGCUGCCCUCUCUGCGACAGCAUCCUCCAUGACGCCACCACUAUCUCCGAGUGCCUUCACACUUUUUGUAGGAAAUGCAUUUAUGAGAAAAUAACAGAGGAUGAGAUAGAGUGUUGUCCAGUAUGCAAUAUCGACCUUGGUGGCACCCCAUUGGAGAAGCUGAGGCCUGACCACAAUUUGCAAGACUUGAGAGCCAAAAUCUUUCCUCUGAAACGGAAAAAAGUGAAAACUCCUGGUAUUGUGUCCUUGCCGACAAAGAGGAAGGAGAGAUCUAUUUCGUCUUUGGUUGUAAGCACGCCUAAGGUGUCAGCACAAGCCGGAACAACGGGAAGAAGAACUAAAGCGGUCAUGAGGAAAGAGUUACGAGGUAAUGGUUCUUUAACUGAGAAAAUUGUGAAGAAAGAAGAAUCUUCCGAGGAUGAGCUUCUGGAGAGCAGCACAAGCUCACCCGACACUCUUAAAAAAUUCACUCAGACUAAAAGGCAGGUAAAGAAGUCAUGUGCAGAGUCCAACUCCAAUAAAGAAAACAAGGAUUGUGAUGAACCAUGGGAUUCCAGAUUGGAAUGGAAGCCUUUAAACUUUCUGGUGGAAGUUGCAAACAGGACAAAGCCCUCGAAAUCCGAGCAAGCUAAUGCAUCCCACAAACAACUUCUAGGGGAAAAAACCAAAGUUAAGGAUCACAAAAGCAAAUGUAAACGUGAGGAUGAAAUGAGUAAUAACGGUGAUCCUACAACAUCUGGAGCUGCUACUCCUAAAAGGCUGCCUAGGACUCAACGCAAAAGGUCUGCCACCACCUUUGAUGAUGAUUCAAGAAACUCGCCACAACCAGAUGAGUCAAGUGCGAAACGGGAGAGGAGAAAUGGUCCUGUUUGGUUCUCACUUGUGGCGUCUAAUGAUCAGGGAGGAGAAACUUGUUUGCCUCAAAUUCCAGCAAAUUUUUUGAGAAUAAGGGAUGGAAAUAUUCCAGUUUCUUUCAUCCAAAAGUACCUCGUGAGGAAGCUUGAUCUCGAGAGUGAAACUGAGAUAGAGAUAAGGUGUAUGGGAGAAGCGGUGAUCCCAACGCUGAAGCUUCAAAAACUGGUGGAUCUGUGGCUGCAUAGAUGUUCGAAGCACCAACGGUUUGCUGCAUCGAUUGGUUCCUCUGCAAAGGAUUAUAUGAUGGUACUUGUCUAUUCUCGUAAGCUUCCGGAAUGCAACAAGUAAAGGACUUUAAAGACUCUUGUUGCAAGAAGAAGAUUCGAUGGAGACAGUGUAAUCUUCUUUCGUCUUGAUGGAGUCUCUCAAAGCAUGACAAGGGAUAACAUUACUUGACCUCAGGAGCAGUAGAAUGUUUUGUGAAACUAUUAGUACUUUGUUCUUUCUUCUAUAAACGAGAAAAUGCAAAAAGAAACAAUUUUUUUUUUCUUUUUCUUCCACUAUAUGUGUCCUUAUUGGAUUUGCAUGUAAUGUUGUUGUCACUUCAAAAUCAAGGGUUGUAGUUUGGAUGAUCUGACAUGACAUCUGGAUUGAUUUCUGAGUACUUAUUUGGGCACUACUUCAUUUUUAUGGAAGCUAUAGUUUCAAA